AUGUCUCUUGUGGAUUGGGCGCUUGCGACCUUUUGUCUUAGAGAACAACCCAGGCCGUCGUCGCGAGAAACCCAAAUACCCCGGAUCUGGGCUGGACUCAGUCUGGCCCUUCCCCCCGCACCGCAUCCUCUGGCUGUGCAGAUAUUACGAGAUGCUGUCUCGUACCAGAUGCCGCGACGUUCAUUGGCUCAAAGCUCCGGGCGUGAGGACGGACGAUUGCACAAGCCGUGA